CUUUCUCGUCGACCGUCCGCGCCCAGAUGCUGGGUUGGUGGUCCAAGCAGACUCGGCUGGGGCUGCUGCUGGUUCUCCUCCCUGUCCUCUAUGAGUGGCACCAGACGAAGGAGACGCGGGAGGUUCUGCUGGGCCGCCUGGCGACCAGCUGGAGCUCCGUCAGACCUCCACAGAAAGUCGUCCGCAGAGUGGCCGUAGGGGUGAACGCGAAUUUAGACCUCAUUGUGUCAGCAACCCAGCUGUUAGAAACACUGGGCCUGUCUCCGGGGCAACCAGUAGACCACACCCACCUGGGGACGGCAGAGGAGUUGCAGGAGCAGGUGGCGUACUCCAUGCAGCACUGUGCCGGGACCGAAAGAGUGUUUUCUACCAGCUCAGAGUUUCAGAGAAUUGUGAAUGCCGCCUAUCAGCUGCCUCACACAGUGAGCAAGGGAAAAGAUGGGAGAGAGGAACAUGGAUAAACAGACGUGUUUCAUAUUUUGCAGCAUUUUAUUGGAGGUAAUGCAGCUCUGAUGGCGGCCAAGAUUCAGCAAACUCAGCCAAACACAGAGGUGAUGUUGGCUGGGCCAAUUGGAGCAACUCUGAGGAGCCUACUCCAACCCCACAUUCACACCCCGACGUUUACCCCGGAGAGCCGGGAUGAGGUACACCUGAUCAUGGAGUACCCCAAAGGCGAGCGCUGGGGUGGCAUCACCUCCACAUGCGCCAACAGAGUCAUCAUCUCUCACGACGUCUCAAACGCCAAGAUGGUGGCCCUGGAGGACUUCAGACAGACCCUGAGCUCCUUCAAACCUGACCUUGUGAUUCUAUCUGGAGCCCACCUCAUGCAGGGGGAGACGUCCGAUUUCAAGAGAAAGAGACUCGUCGAUGUUGCCCGUCUCCUUGACGACGUCCCGGCAACGACCCCUGUGCACUCUGAGCUGGCGACCAUUGGGGACCUUGACUACCUCAGAGACCUAGCCGAGACGACCUUCCCGAGAAUCGACUCAUUAGGACUUAACGAACAGGAGCUUGUCUCACUAGCCAAAUCGAGUGGAGCUGAUUUCGACUUUGCACAUAUGCCAGCCAAGCCAAACAUCUCUCUGGUAUCAGAUCUCCUUCACUGGCUGAUUCAGACACACUCAUCUCUGGGGAGGGAGAAAUCUCGAUUGACGCGAGUUCAUUUCCACACCCUAUCCUUCCACGUGAUUGCCACUGUAAUGCGACCGCCUCACUGGGCCAACUCCAAAUCAGCAGUGCUGGCUGGAGCACGAAUUGCCGGACUCCAGGCCUGCGACGUGGAGCAUUUCGAGGCAGGAAAAUUCGAACUUCAAGUUCCGCUGGAUUUUACUCUCUCCGUGACAGACGGAGUAAUGUCGCAGCAUUUUGUUAGUCUUACUCCGGAGUCUGGGGUAGUGUCAUGGGAGAGGGGCGGAGUGGCGUAUGUCUUUACUCCGGUGCUGGUCUGCAGAGCUCCAUCAAAGACAGUGGGACUGGGCGAUGCGAUAUCGUCCAUGGGACUUCUCUAUUCUCAGUUUAGCCGGCAAUGAAAAUGUCUUUAUACGCACAUGAUUAUUUUGUCACUGCAAUAUUACAUGACAAACACUGGAGGAAGAAGUUGAGAGUUGAGAAUUGAUAGCUGUUAUUUUGGAAGGAAAGACGCGACCAUCAUUCCAUAGUAGCUGGGGUGGUAGUUGGCAUAUAGUCUGGGCACCCAGGAACUUA